GGUAUCCUUUGGAGCUGCGGAAGGAGAAAUCUACUAAAGGCAAGUAAUUCUUUGGAUCGUCUUGAAGAGUAGAUUCGACAUCCAUAUAAGUUCGGAUUCGGGUCGGAUAAAAAUUCCGAUUUGGGUCUGCUCUAUUAAUCAUAGACCCUGUAAACCCUUUCUCGUUCCUCAGCUCGCCCCCAAAAGAUUCUCCUCAAUUUCCGCCAAAAUUAGGGUUUCACAAAGAUAGAGUCUGAGCUAGAGUGCCUUCUAUUCCAAUCAAUGGCGUAUAGGUUGCGUCGGCUCAAUGAAGUUUCUAUGAUUUCCCGCCAUUUUCACUCAGGUGCUAUAUCAAGAAGGAAGAUUUCUCCUUUGUUGACAAGGGAAAAUGUCGAAGGAUCCAAAGAUAAUCUUCGAAGAUGUUCGAGCUUAUCUGAAACAAACAAUAAUUCAUUGGCACAUGCAGACACCUUGGAGUUUAUCAAAUCUAGGCUCAGUGAGUUUGAAGGACCAAAUCAUCGAUGGCUGAAUUAUAUGGACCAAAAUGGUGUUCCAGUAAACAAAGACGGGAUCCUUUUAGUUCUUAUGAAUGCAUACAUCGAGGAUUCUGCUUUGAAUAGCAAUCGUAAUUGUGCAGCCAUGUUUGAGAAAGUAAAAUUUCUUAAACAAAGGUUUCCCAAGCUUAAUGUUUUUGGACUUCAGUGUGGUAGUUCCAUGAAAUCUGUCGCCACACAAGCACAGAUUGUCCGAACUCUCAUGGAGGAAUAUAUCACUUUUCCCGUCUUGAUACUGGACAAGGAUUUUUUGAAGAUGACAAAUGGUCCAUCCUGCUUGUUAUUUGAAGGCUCCACAAAUCGUUUGCUUCAUCAUGAGCUGGGUGUAGAGCUCGAAGGUAUUGUCAGAGCAAUUGAGGAACUUGAUGUACCUCUAAGUGACGUUUCUCAAAAAGAUGACACAGAUUUAUUUCAUAAUGCAAAUGGUGAUGUUAUGAGACAACACGAAAUUAUGAAGGAACCAUACGCUGCAUCUGCUUUAAGAAAUUUACUUCUAUAUUAUCCUGGAUGUGUAUCUGUAGAUGAAGAUGGAAACCGCCUAUUCAUCUCCGACAGUAACCAUCACCGGAUUAUUAUUACUGAUGGCAAGGGGAAGGUUUUAGAUUGUAUUGGUUCUUCUCCGGGGUUUGAAGAUGGUGAAUUUGAAUCAGCCAAGUUAUUCCGCCCUGCUGCAUCUUUCUAUGAUAGUGAUGAAGAGUGCCUAUAUUUCGUGGAUUCUGAGAAUAAUGCAAUCAGGAGAGCUGAUAUGGAGAGAAGAAUGCUGGAGACAGUGUUCCCUGUAUCUGUCUCUAGAACUACUGGUAUAUGGAGCUGGAUCUUGGAUAAACUUGGUUUAGCAAGAAAAGUUGAUGAUAUCUCUGACGAAUUCAAUUUGGACUCGCUCAGCCUUCCAUGGCACUUAUUGAAGUCAGGGGAGAACGACCUAAUUAUUCUUAACCGAAGCUUCGAAAUGUCAUGGAUCAUGGACAUGAAUACCUGGGAGAUCAAAAAGGUUACAAGAGGACUACAAAAUAUUCUGGAAAAUUAUGGGCAUAUGAUAGAGGAAAAGGUCAACAUGUUGGGAAAUGAUUCUGAAAGUUCAUUAUCACAUCAACUUCAGAAUAGUAUUUCAGCAGAGGGUAUCCCUUAUGCUGGCUUGAUGUCCUCAGUUGUGAAAUUCCAUGGCUGUACAAUAUUUUGUGAUGCAGCUGCUCACAGAGUACUAAAAUGCCUUGACGAAUCAAGGACUACCUUGGACAUUCAGUUUUCAGACUUGAGAGUCCUUGGGCUACCAUAUUGGUUGGUUUGCCCUCUUGAGACAGUUUUUAACAGUUGCAUUGACAUCUUUUUGCACUGUCCCAGUAAAUAUUUGCACAGACCUUGGAAGGAGCAUCAUCACCGCUUCACUGUACUUCCUGGGAGAUGUGAUAUACGAGUUAAAGUGGAUUUGCCAAAGGGUAUUGAACUUGUAGCACCACUUGAAGAGGAAUGUAUCUGGCGGCAAGUAAGAGGAUCUGCUGUCGAUUUGUCAGGUUCAGAGGAAGUGGAAACAAAUAAAGAUAAGGUGGGUGUUGCCCAACAGUGGUUCGACGAGCUGGAUAACCUUGCAUUUUCAAAGUCAGUCAACGAGUCUGAAUCUCAACUCGAAGAUCAGUUCAUAGAUCAAAGAUCUCAAGAUAUGCACAAAGUGCAUUUUUCUUGUGAGGUUAAUCUCAGUCCUGGAACUGGUGAGGUGGUUGUUUCUGCGGUGCUUUAUCUGAAGCUACAUAAACAAGAAGGUUCCAGAGAUACGACGUUAGAAGCAACGAAGAUUUUGAACGUACAGGAGGAGCCCAGUCAGAGAAAUAAUAAUGACGAUGCUUGCCUUAGUCUGCUUUUAGAAACAGGUAGAGAUUUACAAGAUUUCAUCUUCAUGAGACCUUUGCACCUUAGAAUAAGGCUUGACUGCCUUGAUCACCCUAAGGCCGCUACCCAGAAAGAGAUAAUCUCGACUGACACGACGUUAGAGGUAAAUGUUUCUUUAGAUUGAGAAAUUUACACAUUAUUUAUUGAAAUAGUCAUCUGUGCUCUUACUUCCAAUCAAAUGAUGGAAAGUUCUUUCAUGAUAUAGCAUUGGGAUGUGAUAUUGAGAGAGAUUCUUUGACCCAGGUUGUUUUCUGAAAAAAUUGUAUGAUGUAUUAUGUACUUCGUUUGUAGUUUAUGUAGAUGUUGAUUCUUUAGAGCUUGUUGUACUUUUAUUAUUAUUUUUUUCCUAUUGGCGAGCUCUGCCAGAGUUUACAUGAUCAUUUGUGUUUUGUUGUAGCCUGUUGGUUGCAAAUUGAAACAUUUUUGUUGGGGCUUGAAUUCAAAGGAAGUUCCCAGUUUUGAA